ACUUACUUUUUACUCUCAACUUGAGAUGUUAUUGAUUUUCACAUAAUCUUCUUAGAAAUCGUAAAUCAGGGCAAUAAUCAAUCACACUAAUUUUGAGUUCCAAGGAGCAACUCUGUAUUUUACAACUCACACGCGUUAAAUUAAAUGUUAGAAAAAUGAAUAAACACCGGAUAACCGGAAAGUUAUGGAUACUUGAAUAUUCCAAUUCAGAUAUUACACGAGAAACCACGCCGAUCCACGCGGUUACUAUCUUCAAUCACUUGUUUAAUCAUCAACUUCAUUUUAUUUUAAUAUUUAAACAAAUGACAUUAUUUCGGACUCCACUGUGUGCAUAUGUAAAAUUCUCGCACAAUUAUCUGUAUAAAUACUUGAAUCGAAAUCUCUUCAUGCACGCUCAAAUUAAGCACAUGAAAUUUCUCUAGCUCAAUUUCUUACAACUUCAUUCUUCACCGCCACUUACUUAGAGCUUUAGAACGAAUAAAAAAAUGGUAGGUGUUUUUCGGCGUUCCGUUUCAUUCCCAAACAAAAAUCCCAACCGUCCAUCACAAAAACCACCCAUAUCACACCACAUAAGAUCCAUAAGUCUUCCCUGCAGAUCUCACCCUUUAAUUUCCCAUAUCAAAGAUGAAAUCAACGGCUUAAACAACUGGGUUAACUCCACUAAUUCCAAAUCAAACCCAUUAACAUCCACAAAUCUCUCCAACGGUUUAACCCUUCUUAAACAAACACACGAAACACUUCAAGACAUUCUCCAACUCCCACAAACACAAGAAUCACUACGUUGUCACCCUCUUUGGGUCGAGAACCUUCUAGAACAUUCCAUUCGAUUCGUUGACGCUUAUGGAAUGUUCCAAACAUCGAUCUUAUCACUUAAAGAAGAACAUUCCUCUGCUCAAAUAGCAAUAAGGAAACGAGACGAAUCCAAAUUUGCCACAUACUUGAAAGCUAAGAAGAAAUUGAAUAAGGAAAUGGAGAAUUUAGUUUCUGGAAUUCAAUGUAUCAAUGUAAUUUCACAACGCAUGUUGAAUGUUCCUAUUUAUUCAUCUUCUUCAACGUUAUUAUCGAUUUCAGAUACUGCUGAACUAGGAGGUGUAAUUGAAGAUGUUAUGAGUUUAACGGUUGCUGUUUCUGUUACGCUUUUCAACGGACUAGCAAUGUCAUUUUCAUCGAGGAGAUUUUCUUGGGUGCAAAUGGUUAAGAUGAGUAGAAAAAAUGUGAAGAAGGAACGUGAAGGUAUUGAAGAAAUUUUGGAGCAGUUGAAUGAGGUUGAAAAUAUUUUUGGGAAUGUGAAAAAGAAGAGUGAUGAAGAGGUGAGAUUGGUUUUGAAGAGAAUGUGUGAUUUAGAGGAAUGUAUUUGUUGCAUUGAAAGUGUUUGUGAAAAAGUGUUUAGAACUUUGAUCAAUUCACGCGUUCAACUGCUUAACACUCUUACCGCGUCGCACUAGAUCAUUUUUUUCUUCUCUUUUUACUAUUAAAGAUAGCAAUAUUCUUUGAUGUAUUUUUUACUUGUGGUAAACAAUAAACAUCAUUCAUACAUGGUAAAACAUAGUACAAAUAUAAGAAAACACAAGAGUUUUCUCUCCAUUCUAUCUGUAAUUUUAUUUUUUGACAAUAUCUCAAUCAAAUCGCUAGGAUCUAGAGUUUGAAUUUUAAA